GUGUCCCAGAAUUCCGCAGUACCGGAAGUGGUGUGGUUUAAUGUCGGCUAAAAGCAGCGUUCGAGGCGCGGAGUGUCAGACGGGUUUCUGAGGCGGAGCUGCUUUGUGCAGAAAUCCAAGUUGCAGCAGUUCUGCUGGGUGUGUGUGGGGAAUGCGCCUGUGCUUUGGGCUAAAGGAGUGGUUUAUUCGGUUUAAGUCUGAGACGAGGAGAAUUCUGGGCUGGAUAACAGGACGGCUGAGCUGAUUGGUGACGUGCUCCUGCCAUGCGUGAAUACAAGCUUGUGGUGUUGGGAUCUGGAGGUGUAGGCAAGUCCGCACUGACAGUACAGUUUGUCCAGGGCAUCUUCGUGGAGAAGUAUGAUCCUACAAUAGAAGACUCGUACAGAAAGCAAGUGGAAGUGGACGGGCAGCAGUGCAUGCUGGAGAUUCUGGACACCGCCGGCACAGAGCAGUUCACGGCAAUGAGAGACCUGUACAUGAAGAACGGCCAGGGCUUCGCUCUCGUUUACUCCAUCACAGCACAGUCGACGUUUAACGACCUGCAGGAUCUACGAGAACAGAUCUUACGAGUAAAGGAUACUGAAGAUGUGCCGAUGAUUCUGGUGGGGAAUAAGUGCGACCUGGAGGAUGAGCGAGUGGUGGGAAAGGAGCAGGGACAGAAUCUGGCUCGUCAGUGGAACCACUGUGCCUUUUUAGAGUCCUCGGCUAAAUCAAAGAUCAACGUCCUCGAUAUCUUCUAUGACUUGGUCAGACAGAUAAAUAGAAAAACGCCAGUGGAAAAGAAGAAAGCGAAAAAGAAAUCCAACUGCGUGCUCCUGUAGUGUCUCCUCCCUGAAGCACCUUGGAGCCAGAACGCUGUAAUGAAGAACCGUUGCCCUGUUUGGAAAGCUUUUUCCAUCCUCAGCAAAUGAAUCUGCGGACCAGCUGACAAACUUGAAGGAUACACAAUGAGAGAGGGGGGGAAAAAGUGAAGUUGGUGGGGGAUUUUUUUUUUUUGAGAUUCUCAGACAUCUGAGGAUAAAUGUUCAUUUGUCACAACCUGAGUAGGACUCAUUUUUCAGUAUUCCUCAGGAACACUGAGCAAGAUGUAUCUUCUGCAUUUAAAAAAGAAAAAAAAUCGACAAACACGCAGCAUCUUUUCAUUUCCAAACCAAACCACCUUCAACCAGAGAACCACCAGAGCUGAUUGCAUCAACCAUGAAUGACUUGGUAAUAAAGUAAAGACUUUUUAUAUUGGGGGGGGGGGAGGCUUAAUCCUUUAACAGCAUCAAGAAAAGGAAGAUUUGGGAGGAAAUGCGUAACUGUGACCCAUAAUUUUGGUCUCAACAUUUCAGUACCUAAAAGAUUUAACACACAAUUGUGUCUUUUUUUAUGAAGGGGUUUCAUUUCAGGAACUAAUUAUCCCUCCUUUUAUUCUUCUUCUUUAUUAUUAUUAUUAUUAUUAUUAUUAUUAUUAUUAUUAUAAUUUCAGCAUCAGCAUGACCACAUGAUGCAAGAUGUUGUAAAUGAAAUGAAGUUAGUGUUGACUCUCUUCUUUGAAGUAUUUCAUUCUCAAAGCCAUUCGCGUCGACGUUUAUAGACGAAGGUUCGUAAGCUGUGUGGAAUUACACUCCGUCUCCCUUCGCAUCAAUAAGGACCUGACCCUUGACCUGUGACCGUUUUUGUAUUUUAGUCACUCUGCUUUCGUAGCUUCUUCCAUAAACAUAUUCUAUUUUUUGGACGUGUAAGACUUUGCGCUUUUUUUAUAGACAGGAGAAAUGGAUAAAAUACCAGACAGAUUUGUAGGUCUUCUGAGUUUUAAAUAUAUUGUGCUCUAUAUAUAUAUAUAUAUAUAUAUAUAUUAUAUCCUUUAUUCCUUCUCAUGCAUUUGUCAGAAGUCGUUCUGGCUUUUAUGGUUGACCUUUUGAUUAAAUUUUAGUAUGUUUUCA